UUUUGGGUUGAUAUUAUUUAUGUCAUAUUACUUUUUUCAGAACAAACUACAGAUGGACUUGAGAAAUAAAAUCCGACAAGAUCUGAUGAGGUCAUCAGGGUUGAAAGACAAUGAAAUUAAUGAUUUAAUUGCUGAACUUACUAGCAGCAUGGCUAUAGUCCAAGACAAAAUUGGUCUGGAGCAAGAGCGACAGAGAAGGGCUCUUGAGAUAAGACUGGCCAGAAGAAGACAAGUGGUUGAAUAUAUGGAAAUAGAAGCUGUAGAAAAUGAACAAGACAAGAAUGCUCAAGUGGAGAUAGUCAGAAAUCUUCUCCCACUAGAGAUCAAUGGAAACCACAGACUGAAGAGUCCUACAGAUGAUGUAAUGAACCAUUUUGCCAGUGAGCCUGAUAGAAUGAUAAAAUACCAGCCAACAGAACUUCAUCUCCUUCAACAAUCAAGAUUGCACAGUUUUGAGAAGCUUUGUAAGAAUCAAGACAAAGAAAAGGCAGAAUUGCUACAAACAAGUCAGCAGGCCAAAAAUGCGGCAGAUUUUGUUCAGAGUACCAUGACAUGGAUUCUAGUUUACAUUUUGUACCAUGACAUGGUCACUAAGCAUCAUCAGGAAACUGAAGUUUUUUGGGAGAAACAGGACCAAAGGGAAGUUGAGGAAAUAUUUAGACAGGUGACUGAAUUCAUCCAGAGGGAAAGAAUAGAUAUAGAUGCUGAAGCAGAAAAGUUGGCAGAUAAACUGCGCAGUGAAAUGACAACCUUGGAAGUCACAAGAAUUCUGAAGCUUUACAAAGCUGAAAUGAAAAGAUAUGAAUCUGAAAAGCAAAAAGAAAAGCAAGCUGCACUUGCCAGAUUGCAGGAGAGACUCCAACAAAGACUAAAAACUGCCGAUUUAAAUCAGAAACAACACCAUAUAGAGCAAGAGAUUCUAAAGAAAGAACAAAUGGCUACAGUACGAAAAGUUGUAACUAUGAACAUAGAUCUGACAGAUUUAGACAAAGACCAGAUUUUAAAAGAACAUCAGCAAAACAUGAAGGCCUUGUCGAACCAGUUGCUUUGUAGCAAACUCAGACAACAGAAAAGCUUGGAAAUCAAAUUAAAUCAAAGGAAAAUUCACCUGGAAAGUCUGCUUCUGAGGAAGAAAAAUAUCAAAAAAUCAAACAAGCAAGAUAAGGAUGGCCAGUUGUUUCAACUUACUGCAGAUAUUACUAAAGAAGAGCAGCUUUUAGAAGAAGCUCGGCAAGCAGCAGUUGCUGAACUCAGAAAACAACUUGCAAAGGAAACAGAAGAGGCACUGAAGCUACAAAGUGAUUCAUUAAGUCUGCUCAUUGGUCGACUUCAGCUACGUGAAGCCAGAAAGAAAACGAUUCUUGCUCGCCAAGAAGGAACUUUCAUGCUCUCGACAUAA